AUGUUUUUAAAACAUUUAGACCUCACUACUGCUUUGAGGCCAUUCUAUUUGCCAGACGAGGUCAACCUCUUUGUCCAAGACAAUAUUGGACUUUAUGAAGGGUGAGUGUUCGCUCAAUCAAUAAGAAGAAAGAAAACUUGCUUACCCGAACUGUAAAUAGGAAAUAUAAAAUCCCAGAUCAUCAAAAUGGCCAGGUCUACUUGACAUCUCAUAGAAUUUGUUAUGUAGAUAAUGAUGACCCUAGAAGGAAUUCCGCGGCAAUAGAUCUCAAGGAUGUUGAUCGCGUUGAAUUUUAUGUAAGAACUACUAGCCAUACCCUCGGGCCUAUGUAUCUUUAACAUUGUUAUAGGCUGGUUUUUUGAAAUCAUCUGCGAAGAUUACUCUUGUUCCGAAGCCUUCGAAGCGGUCCUCAGUUCAGAAUCGAGCUUUAACAAGCCUGCAUUCUCCUUCCAGAAGUGCCACAUCAUCCCCAUUAUCUCGAACUGAUAGUCCAUUUCAUCUGCCAACGCCCGAACCCACACCUGCGAGUAGUGCCACAUGGAUUUGUCCUAUCUGCUCUUUCUCGAAUCCUGUGCCAUCCAAUUUUGAUCCAGCCACAUCUAAUACAAAUAAUCCUUUGCCUCCGUGCUUAGCAUGUGGUAUUAAGCCUCCAUUCUCUCAUGUUCUCAAGGCAGCUAUAUCCGGUGCAAGCAAUCGACCAGCUCCAGCGUCCACAACACCAAUAAAGACACCAGUGCCAGUGAGAGGUCGUCCGGAUAUUCGCCCGCAAUCGGAUCUAUUGGAUUCACCUUUGAAUCAUUUCGGAGCUGAUCAGAGUGGAUCCUCCUCAGCUCAAAGUAGUGAAGCACCUGUUGCUUGUCCCAGAUGCACUUUUUUGAACCAUUCUUCACUUAUGGCCUGCGAACUUUGUGGAGCACCAUUACUGUCCCAUGAUCUCUCAACCGAUGUACAUCCGUCACAGCAACGUAGAAUCUCCCCCGGCCCCACGCUCAAUAAUCUACCAGCUCCUGGAACCGAAGCCAAUGAAAGCAUCAAACUAUCAUUUCGGGGUGGUGGCGAAAAGGUAUUUCUUGAGCGUCUCAAAGCAUGUAGGAUACAGCGUAAAUGGGUUCUUCAAAAUGCCCCUCCUUUCCCUAAACCCAAUCGCCAUGCAAGUACAGAUAGUGGGCCAGGCUCCGGUACUUCUACAGGAGUUGGCGAGCGGGUAAAAACAGUUGGAAUAGCAGGUCUAGAGCAGAGACGUCUUGAAGUACGUAAGAAUAAUGAAUUUGUCAUAGGAAAUGCUUUUGAGGAUCUUGAUGCAUUGAUGUCCUCGGCUAAAGAUAUCAUCGCCCUUGCAGAAUCAUUGGCGAGCAGUAAUGGUGCGAAUGGAAAUACUGAGUCUAAUGCCGUAGCAAAUGCUCUUGGUUUGGUCACGACAAAAGAGAUGCUUGGUGGUGGAAGCAAUGCCGAGUCACUAUAUAUCUCGGAGCUGUCAAGGAACCUUGCAGAAUUCCUCAUGGAUGACGCCAGAGGAGUAUUGCGCAAGGCUGGUGGUAUAAUUAGUCUGGUCGAUCUAUGGGCUACUUUCAAUCGUGCUCGGGGUGGUGUUGAACUUGUUAGCCCGUUGGACUUUGAAAAAGCCGCAAGAUUAUGGGAGAAGCUAAAGCUUCCAGUACGAUUAAGGCAAUUUCGAAGUGGGGUGCUAGUGGUUCAAGGCAGCGAUAGAACAGAUGAAAAGACUAUCAAGACUUUACUAGCAUGGUUAAGGGAUCUGCAUGUGUUCCCGCCAGAGAAAGAAGUACCUUGGGAUUGGCAAGAAUUUGGACAGGGCGUCACGUCGCAAGAUACAGCAGAACGCUUUGGGUGGAGCAUUGGGGUUGCAGAAGAAGAGCUUGAAAUGGCUGAGGAAAGAGGAGCUCUAUGUAGGGAAGUGAAUAUAGAGGGUGUGAAGUUUUGGGAGAACUGGAUUGACUCAACCCAUUCUCCAGCACCAAACUUACAGCUUGCUGAUGUGGGAAACCUUGCUGGCAGCUAUGUAUGAAUAAAUGAAUCACAUCUUUGCUGAAGUGCAAAUGUUAUUAAAUUCAGUCAUGAGUUACUUUCGCAUAUUUCCCUGAUUCACAAGGAGAUUCCGAAACCUAACUAAAUAAAAACUCUCUUCCUCAACUGCUAUAGUUAAAAUAUCCGCCGGAUAUUUAUUUUCUCUCAAUAGAAGCAAAAAACAGACCUUGUACCAAACAAUACUAUGAAUCCUCCUAAAGCUAUGCCAGCGCCGGUACCUAGCACGCUCUAGAUAUAUACCAACUUAAUAACCAACAACUCUAAGAUCGUAAGUCUCUAGCUGAAUCUAUUACUCCAUUCCUGACAGAAUUCUAGGUUCAAUGUGGCUCUUCCAAUAGUUCUUCUACAUCUACUUGUAGCUCUUGCCAUCAACAGAAUGGUCCACACUGCAUCGUUUGGGUGAACCAGUGUGAGAUAAGAGUUGGUCAAGAUAAAGAUGCUUCGGUAUAGAUACAGCGAUUCGAAAUUCGGGGACUUCAGAAUCGCCUCUACGAGAAGAAUACUGCAGACGAUCAGAUCGGCGAGUGAAUGGUUGGGGAUCAAACGACAAGAAUAGCUUCCGAUCAUUGAGUGAUGCAGGGUUUACGGACCAAAAACUGGCUGUUGAUAUUUGUACGCUGACAUUGUGAGUUCUAGAGAGGGUCAGCGGGGAGUGAGGAGUGAGGAGUGAUAGGCGAGGUUGAUUAUAGGAGGUACGGUGGAUGGGGCAAUAGUAAUAUUAUAUCACCGCAGCUGUUGAAUACCAUAUAUUCACGGUAGUUU